UAAUAACAUAACUUGGGCUUCUAAUCAUGAAGCAUGUAAACAAGACAAGCCCAAUCUCUCUCUCUCUCUCAUACACACAGAGACACACUGAAGGUGGAUAUUAUUGUGCGUGGAAAUGACGGUUGCUCACUCGACGUCGGUUCAGGCGGCGAAGGAGGAUAGUCGAUCAGCGCCAUCGACGGCUAGGGUUCAGCCGUCAGCCUCAAAGUUCAAACGCUGGGGCAGGCAAUCACCGUUUGUUAGAUAUGGUCUUCCUAUGAUCUCACUCACUGUUAUUGGAGCACUGGGACUCGGCCAUCUUCUACAAGGAAGCAAGGACAUUGCUAAAGUGAGGGAUGAUCAAGAAUGGGAAAUUAUUGAGACAAGAAAAGCACUAUCACGAACUGGACCUCUUAAUGCUUACAACCCUAAAAAGAUUUCGCUAGAGGAAGAGCUGAAGGCUUUGCAACAAAAGGUUGACAUAGAUAAUUAUGAAUACAAGAAAAUUCCCAAGCCCAAAGAAGACAAAUGAAGCUGUAUUGAUAUCUUUUAGAAGCUUCAUCGCAACAUUUCAAGGGGCUCGUUUCCGUAUCAAACCUUAGAGUAGUUCAUGCUAUGUUUUAAGAGAGAAUAAGCUUCUCCUGUCUGCCUGUUUGAUUUUGAUCCUGUUAUUGUUGGUCUGUACCAUUCUAUGUUAUGCUAGUUACUGGUUAGUUCACGUUCUUAGAAAUUUUUAUUUAUAUGAAAAGCUUGAAAUAUUAUGUAGUCACACAUUACUCAAAUCAAUUUUGGCUCUUCUGAGUAGAAAUCAAAUAGCUCAUUGAGUUCA